AAGCUUUUCAAUCAAAUCAGAAAUCUUCACCAGGCCAGGCCGGGAUCAAGGAAAAGAUCAGAAUGAGGAGAGUUGUAGCAAUGAUGGUGUUAGUGCUAAUGAUGCUUGUGCUAGUUUUAGCACAAGCUGAUGAUCACGAGGCUUCUUCUCGGAAAACACUACUACCAAUAUUAAUCCCUUCUGCUGCACCCGCACAAGCUGAUGAUCAUGAUCACGAGAAUUCUUCUCGGAAAACACUAGUACCAAUAAUCCCUCGGCCUGCUGCUACCCUAUCACAAGAUUAUACACCAAGCAGUACUGGUGACUGUGAUACAACGUGUUCUGCAGAGUGUUCUCUUGCUAAAAGAUUUCCAAAGCAUUACGCGGCUUGUAUAGACCAUUGCAAGAGGCUACAUUGCAAGUAUACUCCCUCCUAUGCCAUCUUAAAGUGCACCAUUAUUUGUGUUGACUCCAUAUCCCCCAAGCUUGCCUCCGAUCAUCAUAAAGUGCUUAACGAAGAUCAUAUUAUGAAAGCCUGCUACAAUGGCUGCAAGAAGAAGAAUAAUGUUUGAUUUAAAAGUUUAGCAUGUGCUACACAUGCAUGCAUGUCUUAAUGUAAUAAAACAUGAAUGAGAAUGCAUAUAUAUAUGCAUCCAAUUAUAUAUAUAAAUCUGAAGUACUAAUGCUUCAAUUACCGUGGAGCAGGCUUUGGUUGUUAAAAGUUUAUGAUCUGAAUAUAUAUACCAUGCAGAGGGCAAAAGUUUUUAUCCAGUAUA